AACUUGGCGUCUCUGGUUUCCGUUUCUUGUACGCAACUUUCAAUGGAUCUUACACCCCAGCAACUUCUACAAUUCAACGGCUCCGAUCCCUCCAAGCCCAUAUACGUCGCAAUCAACGGCUGCAUCUUCGACGUCACCUCCGGCAAAUCCUUCUACGGCCCCGGCGGCGCAUACGCCAUGUUCGCCGGCAAAGACGCCAGCAGAGCACUUGCGAAGAUGAGCAAGAACGAAGAAGACGUCUGCGCCAAUCUCGAUGGCCUCUCGGAAAAGGAGAUGGGAGUCCUCAACGAUUGGGUCAAGAAAUUCGAAGCUAAGUAUCCGAUUGUCGGCCGCGUUGUCUCUUGAAAUCUGAACCCUCUAUAUUGAUGUGUUUGGUUUAUGGGAAAAAAUCUAUGCUACUUUCUAUGCCUAAUUUCUUUA